GCACUGCCGGGCACUGCCUGGAAAGACUUUUGAGACCUUCGCCGGGUCUCUGCGUUAAACUAGUGCGGGAUGGGAAACGACGGGGCGCCUCCUGGGGUGAAUUCAGAGUCAUCGGUGUCCGUCAGUUCGUGUCUCGUCCAGAGGCGGGUGCAGCGCUCUGUGCUCUUUGAGAGGCGACACGCGUUGCAUGGCACUCGCCAGAGUUUGGGGGCUCGCGCUUGGCCACUUCCCCGGGUGGCUGGAGGGCUGUCGCCUGCAAUGCGAGGCGGCUUUGGGGGAGGUGGGUGUCUGCGAGGUCCGAGGCAGAGGUCAGAGGCUCAGUGAACGUGAAAGAUGGGGUGUAUUCUCCCCAUCUGGCCUCCACCCUUCCAAGCCCCAGUCCCCGCCCCCUAGUUCACGCAACCCGUCCCACCCAUCACACACACACACACACACACACACACACACACACACACACACUCCGGAGUUGGAUGCCAUCGAGGGGUGGUCACAUUGUUAUUACUCAGAGGUGCACGAGGUCGCUUUGGCUUUGGCUGGCGCUCUCAGAGUCCUGCUCCUGGAACUUGGGCGACAGCCUUGGUUUGGGGGAGCGAGGAAGGAGCGCCCAGCCUCCUGUGGAUGCCUCUACCUGGCCGUUCCUGGCGCGCAGCGAGCUACCCUCAGCCAGAACUCCAGUCGUUUCAACUUGGGGGCUCUGCUCUCCGGCACCGACCCAAAGGAGCAGUUGCUGAGAUCCCUGCUCUCUCCCGGUCCUAGCCUGGGCCCAGCUGAACAUGCUCACACAAGUCUUUGGAAGAUAUAUCAUCUUAUACAGAUAUGACUAAUGGGGAAGAACAAAAGAGAUAACCAGGUGCCCAGAGGCCUCAGCAUUGUCUUCCCUUCUCAAUGGCAUUUCUGGUGUCCACCUAAGGAGUCUCCUUCUCCAGCCUUGAAACAUUCGGAAAUUAUACAGAGGACCCACUUCAUAUCUUCUUCUUGAAAAUUCCCACCAUAUAUGUUCAGAACUUUCUGAAUAAGCAUAGGAUUUUAAGGUGCUGACAAGCAGGGAACAAGCCCAAAAGACAGGCCGUAGGGAAGGAGAGGCCAUGGAAUAUCCACCCACCAGAUAAUCAUCGCUGGAACAACCGGGAAGUGUCUGAAUGUAGGCUACAGAAGUCCUGAAGGUUGAUGGAGGGCCAUGCUAUUCAAACAGCAGGUGUGGCUGAGACAGAAGCUCCUGGUACUGGGAAGCCUUGCUGUUGGGAGUCUCCUGUAUCUAGUCGCCAGAGUUGGGAGUUUGGAUAGGCUACAACCCAUUUGCCCCAUUGAAGGCCGAAUCGGAGCCCGUGGGCAGGCUGAAUUCCCUCUCCGUGCCCUGCAGUUUAAGCGCGGCCUGCUGCACGAGUUCCGGAAGGGCAACGUUUCCAAGGAGCAGGUUCGCCUUCAUGACCUGGUCCAGCAACUCCCCAAGGCCAUUAUCAUUGGGGUGAGAAAAGGAGGCACCAGGGCCCUGCUUGAGAUGCUGAACCUCCAUCCAGCUGUGGUCAAAGCCUCUCAAGAAAUCCACUUUUUUGACAAUGAUGAGAAUUAUGCCAAGGGCAUUGAGUGGUAUAGAAAAAAGAUGCCUUUUUCCUACCCUCAGCAAAUCACAAUUGAAAAGAGCCCGGCAUAUUUUAUCACGGAGGAGGUUCCGGAAAGGAUUUACAAAAUGAACUCAUCCAUCAAGUUGCUGAUCAUUGUCAGAGAGCCAACCACAAGAGCUAUUUCUGAUUACACUCAGGUGCUAGAGGGGAAGGAGAGGAAGAAUAAAACUUAUUACAAGUUUGAGAAGCUGGCAAUAGACCCUAAUACCUGCGAAGUGAACACAAAAUACAAAGCAGUAAGAACCAGCAUCUACACCAAACAUUUGGAAAGGUGGUUGAAAUACUUUCCGAUUGAGCAAUUUCACAUUGUGGAUGGAGAUCGCCUCAUCACAGAACCUCUGCCAGAACUUCAGCUCGUGGAGAAGUUCCUAAAUCUUCCCCCAAGAAUAAGUCAGUACAAUUUGUAUUUCAAUGUUACCAGAGGGUUCUACUGCUUGCGAUUUAACGUUAUCUUUAAUAAGUGCCUGGCUGGCAGCAAGGGGCGCAUUCAUCCAGAGGUGGACCCCUCUGUCAUUACCAAAUUGCGCAAAUUCUUUCACCCUUUCAAUCAAAAAUUUUACCAGAUCACUGGGAGGACACUGAACUGGCCCUAAAAUAAUAAGUCAUACAACACCAUGUGUUGUACCUGGAGACAUGCAAUGUCUCCUCUAGAUUAAAAUAUGCACUUUUCCGAGACACAACUGUCGAAGUCAUGUUUCCAUCUCUACUUGUAUAUACACAGUGUGUGACCAAAUAUAAGACCAGUUCUUUUUCUACUGAAAAUGUACAAAACAAUUUGCUGUCUGCAUAGUUGCAUCUUUGAGACAAGUUACUAAAAGAAGAGGUGAUGGUAUUGGGGGAAAGUGACUUCAGCUAUUCUCAAAGAGUUAGUCUUCCUUUGAGUCAGAAUUUGUCACCCGCAAUUUACAUAAAUUGAAGCCAAAAGAUGAAUGUGUAAAAAGUACCAAUGGCUGUGAAGCUGCAGGAAGGAGAGGAUUCAGUCAUGCAUUCUUUUCUAAGGGAAAGUUGGCUCUUUAAUUCAGAUGCUGAAUUAGUGCCAUGAAAACAGAAAAUGCUAUUUUCUUAUGAUUUAAAAGGAUGUCCUAUCUCAUAAAAUUGACAUUGUUCCAAAGUUCCUGUGGUGAUUUUGCACUAUUGUUUUCUCGUAUGGACCAUGAUGUCACUUGUAGCAUGUCAAUCAUACAUUGGAAAGUCCUUUCACUUCCAUGUUCUAUGUCAACAAAGAGAAAUGUCAUGUACAUAAUGUAUAUUAUUGUAAAUACUUGUUUCACACUAAGUAACUCUAUUUUGUAAACUGAAUAUGGCUAUUUAAUUUAUUGUGAAAAUUAAAUUUAUUGUGGUAUUUAAAAAUGGAAUGGAUUAAAAUUACUCUAUGUGCAA